CGUUUGUUGUACGUGCCCCACACGCCUCCAGCGCCAGCAGAGGGCAGGACAGAGCGUUAGGUGGCCUGGAACUGAACCCGGGUCCUUCCUCUGCCAGAGCAGCAAGCGUUCCUCACGGCCGAGCCGCCUCUCCAGCUCCCUCGCUAGAACUGCGGCAACCGGCGGCGGAGACUUAACCGCACACAGCCCGGACGCGCAGCUCACCCCGGGACUUCCGCUCUAAGCCUCGGCCACCACCCUUCCGCCUCGGCCGACCAACCACGCGCCCGGGGGAUCUCGCUGCUUCCGCUCGCCCGCAGCAGACCCGGAAGUGUCCGUCCGCUGCCGUUGCCGCCGCCGCCGCCCGGUCGGACAUGGCGGAGCUGCACCGCCAGCUGCAGGACUACCUGGCGCAGGGGAAGGCGAGCCGGCCCGCAGCCGCCGAGCCGCUGCUCGCCGCGGGGACGAAAGCAGCGGCGGAGGAGCCCGCGGCCGGGGACGGCGCGGCGGGGGCGUGGCUCGGCCGCCCGGCUCUGCGGUGGCCGUGGCCGCGGAGCCCCGCGGAGGCGCCGGCCGGGGCGUGCGCGGCCAAGGUGACGCGCGGGCAGCGCCUGGCGGCGGGCGGCCUGUGCCUGCUGCUGGCCGCGCUCUGCUUCGGGCUGGCGGCGCUCUACGCGCCGGUGCUGCUGCUGCGCGCGCGCAAGUUCGCGCUGCUCUGGUCGCUGGGCUCGGCGCUGGCGCUGGCGGGCGCGGCGCUGCUGCGGGGCGGCCCGGCCUGCGCGCGGCUGCUGCGGGGCGAGGAGGCGCCGUCCCCGCGCGCGCUGGCCUACGCCGCCGCCCUGGGCGCCACGCUCUACGCCGCGCUGGUCCUGCGCAGCGCGGCGCUGACGGCGCUGGGCGCGUGCGCGCAGCUGGCCGCGCUGCUCGGCGCGCUCUGGGGGCUCCUGCCCUGGGGCGGCGCGGCCGCGCUGCGCCUGGCGCUCGGGAGGAUCCGCCGCGGGGCCGGCCUGGCGGGCGCCCUCCCGGUGUGAGCGGCCGCCGCGGACCAACGGCCUGCAGGUCCCCGCGGAGCCCUGGGCGUCGGCGUUCCCGUUCUGGCUGCUCCGCGCGGGCCCCGGCGAGACUGCGUUACCUGACCCGGGACGGACGCUGCGCUGCGCGGACGGCGAUCGGGAACUGCCUUCCGGCUCACUGGCCUCACUUCCCUGGCGGGAGAAGAAAGUAAUGCCCGACUCGGCUGUGGAAGGACUGCCUUCUGCCUUCGGUCAUUUUUUUUGACAAAAAGAAUGUAGCGGAGCCUAAGGUUUCCGUUUUGCCGCCGCUUCUCGAAGCCUCCUCAUUCCUAUCCGCCGUAAAUCCGGAGCAUCAGAUUAAACACUCAAUGUAGCCACUGGUUUUCAAAUAGUGAUUAGUUAAUACAGUCUACCUCAGCUUUUUCCCUUCGGCUAAGUACUAAAUAUGGUGCUUUAUAAUAUUUAAGGGAGAUGAAACGUAAAGGCAAUACACCAAAGAGCGAUUUUCUGGAUCAAGAAGUCAGAUACCUAGUAUGAUGUGUGCUAAGGUCUCUGCAGAACUGGGUUUAGGAGUCCUGAGACUCGAGAAUCUUUCAUCUGCAAUUGGUAUAAAAGAGGUUUGCCAAGGGUUCACUAUUCCUAACAUUAUUGCUGCUUUUUAAAGUACUAUAUAAUUUGAUACUAACGCAAUGUAAAAAUGCAUAUAUGAUGGUUGUUUUUGUUGUGCUGGAGAGAAUCACCAUCUAAACCUAUCAUAAUUUAUUGCCAAAAAGUGGAUCCAGUGUUUCAUCCUGAUAUACUAGAAAGUAGGGUGUAUUACAAGCUUAUAAUUUUACCAGUGAUUUCUCACAUCAAAAGAAGCCACGCUCAUCAGCUCAUUUAUAAUACUGGUGGAUGGCUGCAGACAUUAUUUGUAUGUAUGCAUAUAUGUAUGUACACAUACACACGCCCAGAGCCGAUGAAAUAACUCAGUUGGGAGUGUUAGACUGAAAAUAUAUAUGCCCAGAUGUUUUCGUGUUUGGCUAAGUUGAGAACGACAUCGGUACACUGGCUUGUACAAUGUGAACGUAACUUAACCAGACUGCUCCAAUGUUGCUGUAACAGGAUUGGUCAGACAGCAGCUAAUGUCUGGCUAAUGUCCUCUUCACAGGCUUCCAAGCUACCUUUCUCUAGUGCGCCCCAGGCAGUAAAUGGGGCCCCCUACCUCUCAGGAAAGGAGAGGCUGUUUUGCAAGUAGUGAUGUGCACAUUUUUUUAUGUUACUAUAUUCAGGAUAUUAAAAUUGUCUCAAGAAUUCA